AUGAGCACCUUUGAGAAGGAGGUUGUUAUCGACGGCAAAGGCCACCUGCUUGGACGUCUUGCUUCUAUUGUUGCAAAGCAGCUGCUUAACGGCCAGCAUGUCACCGUUGUCCGUUGCGAGGAACUGAACAUUUCCGGUGAGUUCUUCCGCAACAAGCUCAAGUACCACGCUUACUUGCGCAAGGCCACCCGCUACAACAAGACCCACGGUCCCUUCCACUUCCGUGCCCCCUCGCGCAUUUUCUACAAGGCUGUCCGCGGCAUGAUCUCGCAUAAGACCCCCCGUGGCAAGGCUGCUCUGGCUCGCCUCAACGUCUACGAGGGUGUCCCCCCUCCUUACGACAAGAAGAAGCGCGUCGUUGUCCCCCAGGCUCUGCGUGUCCUCCGCCUCCAGCCCGGCCGCAAGUACACCACCGUCUCUCGUCUCUCCCACGAGGUUGGCUGGCAGUACAAGGACGUUGUCGAGCGUCUCGAGGAACGCCGGAAGGCCAAGUCUGCCGCUUAUUACGCUAAGAAGGCUGCUUUGAACAAGAAGAUCGCUUCCGCCAAGUCCGCCCAGGCCUCUACUGAGGUUUCCAAGAAGCUGGCUGCCCUCGGCUACUAG